AUGUCAUCAGGCGUGAAGAUUCACCAAGAAUGCAUCGAUGCUUUUCAGAAGCAGAAGAUCCGCAAACAACACAGGUAUUUACUUUAUAAGAUGGAUAGUACCUAUGAGAAUAUAAUCUUAUUCAAGGCUUCAGGACCAGAGGAAACAUAUGAAGAUUUUCUUGCAUCUAUCCCAGAAGCUGAAUGUUUUUAUGCCACAAUUGAUCUUCCAGACCCAAAUGGUCAAAACCCAAAACUCAUUUUCUUAAUGUAUACACCAGAAAACGCUAAGGUCAAAGAUCGCAUGGUCUUUGCCUCAUCAAAGGAUGGUUUUGUUAAGAAACUUGAAGGUGUUCAUGGAAAGCUCUUACAGGCUUCUGAGAGAUCAGACUUGGACUACGAGCUUGUUACUAACCAAUACUUUUAA